AUGCCGUUAUCAUCAUCGUCAGCACCAUAUUCUACUAUGAUAGAUGAAGACGAACUGAUGCAGGGAGUCACUGGAUUCCGGUUGCCAAAUAGCACAGCUCCCAGACUAUACGUUUUGAAUCUUGAACCUCAUAUUGAUGACGAUAAAUUCACUUUUGAUGGAGACAGCAAUACUGUAUUUGAAGUCCUAUCUCCAACAACUAGUGUAACUUUACAUGCUUUUUCAUCGAUGGAAAUCAAUGAGAUAUACACGUCACUCCAACACAGCAACGGCGCAAUUGAGAAGCCCAUUUCUCAAAGAUUCAAUUCAAGCCUUGAGUUCUUCAACGUCCGAUUCAAUCAUACAUUAAUAGUUGGCAAUUACACGCUGAGACUCAAGUGGAGGGGGAACGGAGUUUUGAAUGACGGAUUUUACCGAGGUACAUACACGGAUAUCAAUGGAAUAACGCGAUACAUAGCAGUGACUUGCUUUGAGCCAUUCGCAGCUCGAAAAGCUUUUCCCUGCUGGGAUGAACCCGCUUUCAAGGCUCAAUAUGAAAUAACGUUGCUGCAUUAUGGCAAUUACACAGCACUAUCCAAUAUGCCUAUUAAAGAGGAAACGUCAGCAGAAGAUAGAAAGAUAUGGACGACCUUCGAGAGAUCUCCAGUAAUGUCAACAUACCUCGCAACAUUCGUACUGACUCAGUACACUAAUCACGUCAAUGAGCAUGGCAAUGUAACAUUUUGGGUCAGACCAGAGAAACUGAAAUCUACUGCACUUAUCUCAGAAAUGACUCCUAGAAUUGUACAAGCGUUGGAAGAUUACACCGCUAUUCCUUACUUCUUACCCAAACUUGACAGUAUUGUUAUGGAAGAGUACUUUGUUGCUAGCAGUGAGCACUGGGGUCUCAUCAGUUAUUCGAAGUAUAUCUUGUAUGAUCUUGAGGUUAACAAACUAUCGGAACGUAAUACUGCACUUGUAUUAGCAGCUCACGAAAUUACACACCAAUGGCUAGGGAAUUUAGUAACUCCUGCGUGGUGGAAUGACAUUUGGCUCAGUGAAGGCGUCACUGAAUAUUUAUCACACAGUAUAUUGGAUAUUGUCAUGCCUAAUUCGCACUUCAUGGAUGUCUUUGUUAUUUCAACCAUUACCGACCCAUCGUUUGGAGCAGAAGAAACGGAAAUAACCCGACUUCCGGUUCGAUGGAUGCCAUCUACCCCGGAAGAUGUUUGGGAAUUGUUUUCUCCAGUAACUUAUAAUAAAGGCGCGGCUAUAACGCGGAUGUUAGCGCAUGUGGUGACCGAAGAGGCAUUCCGCGAUGGUGUGAGGAAAUAUCUUGAGAAAAAUAAAUUUCGUUCAGUGGUAACGGACGACCUAUGGGAAAGUCUGCAAGAGAGCUACAAUGAGAAACAAAUAGUACCUCAUUUAAAUAUUAAAGAAAUAAUGGAUCCAUGGUUGGAACAACCGGGAUAUCCACUGCUGAACGUCACACGAGAUUAUGAUAUAGGAGUUAUAACUAUUAUACAAAGCGAUGGAUCAGAUUCAGGAUCGAACAAUCUCUGGACGAUUCCACUUAAUUAUGCAACAACUUCACGGCCCGAUUUUUCAUCGACUCGCCCAACUCACUUCAUGCGAGAUGAGAAUUUCAUUCUGGAUGGAAUCGAUAGAAAUGAUUGGAUAAUUUUGAAUAUUCAGAAAACGGGAGAACAUGAUUAUGAUUUAUUGAUGGAUAUGAUUGCAUACUUGUACCGAGAAACGAAUCCAUUGCCGUGGAUAGUUAUGGAAAAACUCCUGAAAACAUUUUCAGAGUGCUCAUUGAGGAUCUUCACAUUUAACACUUUUAAAAGAUAUGCACUACAUUUAAUGGAUAACAUGAUAAAGGAAAUUGGCUUUAAAGAUCGUUCACAAGUCAAUGAUAACCUAGUACAGCUGGCAAGAAUUGGACUUCUGCCAUGGGCCUGUGAGCUUGGCCAUAAAGAGUGCAAAGCCAUAGCUCCGAUAAAAUUGAUGGAAAUUCUGAAUAGUAAAACGAACAAGUCACUCAUAGCUGAUCACCGCGACUGGAUUUAUCGUACCGCUCUGACUGACGCAAAUGAAUCACUCUGGGAUCAAGUGAUGGAAAGUCAUUGGAAACACCCACGUGAGCAUAAUGUAUUCAAAUACUUGGGAUAUUCAAAUAAUCAUACUUUGUUGGAGAAAUAUUUACCACUAGCGAUGGCAAAAAAUGCCACUUUACUAUCUACUGAUCUGUAUGAUGCAUUGAUAUCCAUGGCUAUGGGACCAAGGAAAAAUUAUAAUUUCGGUCUCAAUUUCUUUAUUAAUAACGUCGAUAUGAUACGGCAAUAUUUGAAGGAAAGAAAUUACAAAGGAAUAUUUAAGCAUCUUUGCCAUACAUUCUCCAGACAGGUUAAAACUCAGCGUCAGAAACUGAAGGUAACGAAUUUUCUUCAUAAACUACUAGACGACGGAAAACUUCGCAAAAUUGCACCUUUUCUCGAAAGCGCUGAGAAAUCCAUGAUUUGUAUGGAGAAAUCAUCCCAAGUAUUUCAUGAGAUUCUAGCGAAAAAUUCGCAUUUUAUCAAUUUUAUACGAAAUGAAAAUUCGAACAAUUUAUGAGAAAGAAAAAUUUGGAGUCCGCAUUUAUUUAAUAUUUUAGUACUUAAAAUUCAAAAGAUUGGAAAAUUCAACUUGAAAAUGUAAAUUUAUUAGUUUCGAAGCCAAUAAUCAUAAACCGAAAAUCGCUCGUGCUUAAAUUUCUCAGAAGUUUGAACAUUUGCUUAACAAAUAAAUGCUUUUCAAAAAUUGGCUAGUUUUAUAGCUCUUUUUAAAUUGUAAUUCCCAGGAAAGAAAAGGACCCAGAUACAUGUACUGACAUUCACUACGUAUUUGAUCGUCAACCAUUUUAAUCAUUCAAGUCUUCAAUCCUCAAACUAUCCAAUCGUUUUACAGCUUCACUCAACAGUUCAGAAAUCCGAAACAUCUCGAUUAUUUUUAUUAUGGUCGUUUAUGAGACGUAAAAGACCCAAAACAAAGGUCAUUGAAGACUUGAAGCUGGAAAAUCGAUGCAUACUCAUCCUUUUACCUGAAUUAUCCCUCGAGUUUACGCGGAUCCUUCGAACACUGCAACAGGUGCCACCCACUUUUUCUACCAAUUUCCAAUUUGUCCAAUCCUAUCAAUUGUUACGAAAAUGAAAAAUUCAUCCAAUCACUAAAGAUCCUAAUUAUCCCCUCCAUUCUGGAAGUCAGACGUUGAAAUUUAUUCACACGUUUCAUCAAUUCCAAUUUAGCUCUCGAGUAAGUAACCAACUAAAAUUAUUUCAGCAAUUAUGUACAGUGUCUAGUAAAUGUAAAAUAUAUAAGUGCU